GGGGUGCAGCGGCAGGUCGUGCACUGCGUGGAGAAGCUGUCGGGCAUCGUGGAGGAGCGGCUCUGCGACGCGCUCACCCGCCCCGACGACCAGCAGCGCACGUGCAGCGAGGAGCCCUGCCCGGCCAGGUGGUGGGUCGGUGAGUGGCAGAAAUGCUCCGUCACCUGCGGGCGCGCGGGGCUGAUGAGGAGGACGGUGCUGUGCAUCCAGAGCGUGGGGCUGGACGAGCAGAGGGCCCUGCAGCACGCGGACUGCCAGCACCUCGCCAAGCCCGACGCCACCGCGCCCUGUCACCGGGACGUCCCCUGUCCCUCCCAGUGGGCCGUGGGGAACUGGUCCGAGUGCUCUGCCACGUGUGGCAAUGGGACCCAGAGGCGCCCUGUUUACUGCAGCAACAGCACUGGAGCCGCCUGUGACCCUGCAGAAAGACCCAGCUCGGAAACUAUUUGCUCCUUGCCACGGUGCCAGAAGAAAUUGGACAGUGCCAACACGGACUGGUCUGGCAGUGGGUCCUCCAGCAGGGAGAUAUUUAAUGAAAUCCACUACAUUCCCAGCAACCACAUUCCUAAAUUUAACUCUUUAAUUCCAAAUAUUCCAGAGUCCAAUGAUGUCAAUAUCAUCACUGAGGAGGACUUCUCAGCCGGAAAGGGAAAUGUCUUUGUUGAUGAUUUUUACUAUGAUUAUAAUUUUAUCAACUUCCACGAGGAUCUGUCUUACUAUCCCUUCACAGAGAAAGAGACCAAAGGUGAGGAGCCUAAGCCAGGGCUGAGCACCAACGAUGUGGAGGGGCCCCGUGAGAUGCCAGCUGAUGUCCUGCACACCACUGUCCUGGGCGGAGCAGCAAGUGAGGACCAUCUGAUGACCAGCGAAGCAAACACUUCUGCUCCUGUGCAUGGUGAAGGAGAGAUGGAGCCUGAGGGAUUCGAUGUGAAUGACCUGAGCAUGGUCCCUGAGGAUGCGGAAACUGCUGUUCCCAGAUAUGCCAUCCCUGCCUUUGUGGGUGAGGAGGAGGAUGUAAUGCUCACACCCCGCUCUGAGGAGCACCCACCCACCCAGAGCACCACGAGUCACAGCUAUGACCACCCGCUCGUGGAUGAGCCCUGGGGAGCCGUGCCAACAGGGACCAGCGCUGGGCAGGGUGCUCCAGCCCAUGGCCUCACUUCCCAGGCUCCUUCCCCAGCUGAUCCCUCCCCACCACUGCCCGCUGGCAGGAGCAGCGCUGGCACAGACACAUCUAACAGCCAUGGAGAGCCAGGGAGCCGUGGGCAGGGGCAUGUGAGCACUGAGAGGAUGGGUAACACCAGCAGUGAGGAGCACGACCUGGCUGGUUCUGCGGGGAGAGGCCGUGAAGACUCAGGGGAAGUGGGUCUUGUCAUCACCGGUGAUGCUGAUGGUGCUGCCCCCAAGACCAUGGAGCAGGAAGGGUGGGAAGAAACGCCGGAGGGGACAGCGGGCAGACACACAAUGCCAGCAGCUGAUGAGCAGUCCCGUGGGACAGAGAGGGAAGAUCUUUCCUUCCCCACUCUUCAGGAACCGCGGUGGGAGAUGGAGAUGGGAAGGAGUGCUGGCAGCACCCAUCUCCCUGCAAGUUCCUACCCUAUGGGUGCUGAUGGUGGUUUGGUGGGGCAGCCGGAGCUCCACACCCUCACCUCCCUGACCUUGCCCCCCUUGGUGGCCACUACAGCCCCUCCAGCAGCAGUGUCCUUGUCCCCUGCCGUGCCCAGACCAGCCACCCAGCUCACCUCCAGCGGCCUCACUCAGCAAGAUGUGCCAGCACCAGCCGUGCCCACAGCUCCAGCUCACAGCCCUCCUGUGCACCCAGCAGGAGCAUCGCCCUCUGAGUCCCCCCCGGCAUGGUGGACCAUGGGGGUGUCCCAGCACCCAGAGCUGGGACCGCUUCAUGAAGAGCAGAGCUCCCACGGGACCCCACUCAGCAGCACCAUGCCAGGGAAGCGCUUGCCGUGGGCAACCUUGGGGACAUUGGCUUUCCAUGAUGGUGAGCAUGAGUUAUCCCAGCCCACCCCUGUUCCCCUGCCACCCUGGCGGGGGGAAAAGAUGGAGAAGGAGGAGGUUUUGCUUCCACCAUUGACCACCGUGGGAGCCACUGCGAUGCCCAGCUGGGAGGUUGGGAACUGGAGCGAGUGCUCGGUUACAUGUGGCGUGGGUGCGAUCUGGAGGACCGUGCGCUGCAGCACCGGCAGUGACGCCGCCUGCGCUGCUGCCAACAAACCCGUCCCUGCUCGGAGGUGUUCCCUGAGACCCUGCUCCUCCUGGCGUGUGGGGAACUGGAGCAAGUGCUCCAGGAGCUGUGGUGGGGGCACGAAGGUUCGGGAUGUGCAUUGCAUUGAUACCAGGGACCAGAGGCUCCUGCGGCCCUUCCACUGCCAGGCUGCCCUCUACAAGCCACCCGCUCAGCUCCCCUGCCAGAGCUCGCCGUGCCUGGACUGGUACAUGUCCUCCUGGAGAGAGUGCUCGGAGGCGUGUGGCGGUGGCGAGCAGGAGCGGCUG